ACGCGUACUGCUUUUGUUUUGUAAUUGGCAAUCGCAAGCAAAUAUAGAUGGGUCUUGAUAUGAUGGGUUUUAUACUUGCGGGAACUUAUACUGCUUUGGGUGUUGUGAAAGCUAUCGAUAAUAGUUCAUACAUUCAAUUAGGUGCAAGCGUUGUGGUUGGUAGUGCGCUGAGCUAUGGUGCCUAUUUGAAUUCAAGAGAUCCCCCACGUCCGUUGCUUCAAUUAUCUACUGAGAUUUUAAUGGCCGGCAUAAUGGGUACCCGCUACAGGUUGACACAUGAGUUGAACGAUGGUGCACUAUUUCUAGCUACAGUCGCUUCAGCCUUUUACAAUUCUUGUAUGUAUAAGGAAUAUUUGGACGAACAAAUCGACAUCGAUGACUUUCUCGGAAGGAAUAGAGGAACGAAGAUUUAUAUCAAAAUACCAGAUAAGCUUGGGAUGUGAUGCUCUUUUUAUU